AUGUCAAUUUGUGAUGAGGACGACGAUAACGGUGACGAACUCCAGGUACAGUUAAAAGUGUUGUCAAUCCAAACUGAGACGAAGAGAAGACCCGUCGGGAUUUCUGGGGGAGAAGAAACUGUAGAAUUUCCAGUUGUAGAAAACAUAAUUGAGGACAUUGUUGACCCCGUUGUAAAAAUGGACACUGUGACGCAGUCGAUUGAAUCGGUGGAGAAAAUCGUCUCCUCGACGGGAGGACCGAUCAUCACGGAAAAUCCGGACGGAUCAAUUGUUGCGACGUCGUCAUCCUCCGUUUCUGAGACAUUGGGUCGGAAAUAUGCAAGUGAAGUCAUUGGCGGAGGCAUUUCAAGACAUUUCAAUCGUGUCUACAAAUCCUACCUCCACCUCGUCCUCCAACUGUGUCGAGACUUCUUCUUCUUCUGGGGAGGGGGAUUGGUCCAGCGGAGUGAAAAGUUUGAAUCAUUUUCAUCCUCAUCGUCAAACACGGUCGUGCUGGGUGGGUCUGCGCCACAACAGUCGGUCAGCAUUGUGGAGGAAGUGGUGGAACAACAACCGAAACCACCACCACAGGAACAGCAGAAAGUCGUGGAAAAUAAGGAGAUUCAACAAGAAAAUAUUAAGAACGCACUGAAAGAGAUUAUCAGUGAGAUUGAUAAGGUCGUGGGCUCGUCGGAAUCGGAAUUUUCGUCGUCGACAAGUCAAAGUAAAACUGUUGUUACAUCCCAGUCGACGCAACCACAAAUUCAGCAGCAACUACCACCUCAACAGAGCAUUUAUGAAAAUGUGCCCCCAUCGCAAGGAGAAAGGAGAGGAAGUGAUCGUGGAAAUGAGGGAGUUGAAGUCGUCGGAGGGGGUGUGGAUUUGGGUCAACAGGAAGAUUUGAAUUCUGAUUUGUAUCAUCAAGAAAAUGGGUUUGGGAAUGAAGAGCACUUUCAGCAGGAACAGUCUGAAACGAAACAAGAAUCAAAACCAGAACCAGAACCAGAAGUGACAUUGGAGGAAAAGGAUGAGGAGAAAGUAGACGAUUCAUGCGAGCAAGACGACGUUGUGGCAGUUGAGGAACCCCAAAAAACUGCAGGUUCAGCAGAGGAACUUUCACCUUGUGCUGUUGACGAUGUUCCCGUUGAAGAAUCCACCCAAUUAUUGGAAGGUGAAGUUCAUGAUCAACCCAAACCAGGCGAAGAAUCAUUAAGUGAACCCAAAUCUGAACCAUUUCCACCAGAAGAACAACCUGAAGAAAACCAAAUCGUUCUUGAAGAACAGAUCGUUUCUAAAGAACAAACCGUUUCUGAAGAACAAACCGUUCCUGAACAACAAAUCGCACCUGAGGAACAAACCGUUUCUGAGGAGCAAAUAGUUUCUGAAGAACAAAUCAUUUCUGAGGAACAAACCGUUUCUGAGGUACAAACUUUCCCCGACGAAAAAGACACACCACCAGAAGAGCAACCUUUAUCACAACCUUUAAGGGAGAAAGUUACCCCACAACUUUCCCCUGAGGCAAACUCCUUGCCACAACAACCUCUCCAAUUCGAACAACAGCCCUUAACUGCACCCUUACUCGUACAACGAAUUAUUCCAGUGCCAUCAUGCCCCACUGAUCAACCUCAAAAUCAGACACUCCCCCACCAUUUGAUAAGCCAUCAGUACACAAAAGAUACUACUAAGCGAUACUCUCUCCCAACUUGUCAUCCCCCCAGAGCACCUCCUCCUCCCCUUCCACCCGUCAACAUUUCAACGGAAGCCUUCGUUCAUCCCCCACAACCCAAUAUUUUCGCGUCCUCUGACAGUUCCACCUUGUCCUCCUACUUCCUCAACCGCCCUUCCCAGCAACAAAGUAGUCCGAGACAACGGACCAUGUCCACUCCGACCCUUGACAUGCAUAAUCCCCCGUCUUCCUUCUCGACGCAUUAUUACCCCAUCAGCUUCACCGUAAAUCCUCCCACGCCUCCCCCGACCACGACAAGAAUUGCGCCACACUCUGCCUAUAACAAUUAUAAUGCUCACCCCACCACCACCCCCAUCACCACGAGUUACUCCCCAAUGGUAAUGCAGCACAUAAUCCCAUCAUUCCCCCAACAAUUUUCCCCGUUUUCAUCCACGACGACCACGACACAAGAGACGAUAGAACACGAAUCUGUGAUAACUUCAUCUUCAUCCAAUAAUAAAACUCAUUUCAAGGAGGAAAAAGUCGAGGAGCCGAGACCGGUCGAUCUUCACAAACUCUUCACCCCUGCCCCUGAUGCGGAUGACUUGCUGAUUUCGAAAAGAGAUCCUGGAAAAAUGUUCGGCUCGUCCAGCUUCUACUCGGAAAUUCAUCCCACCGUCGAGGAACAGGUCGCGCUGGCCAGAAAAAUCUCAAACUCGUUGUCCGACUCCCACAACAAGCUCUCCAAAGGACAGUCCAUGUAUGUUAAGAGAAAGAAGAAAUCCGUGAAAUGGGUGCACGAAGGACCUGACGGGACAUUCAGCGGUGGUCAGGAAGAGUCCUCGGUGGAGAAGAGUGAUGACAGAAUUCCGUACGGUUCGGAGGAACCCAAACCGCUUCUUAAACUGGUGAUGAAUCCUCGAGGACAUGUCCAGGACUGGAAUCAACUAAAGCAAACUGGGUUUUAUUCAGAGCCAUCGGCCCUGUCGCCCGAGGUGUGUAAUUAUACGCAGGACAUUGUUAAGGAUUUACAUUCUCCUUCUGGAAAAGGUGCACAAUUAUUCGCCAAGAGGAGGAAGAAGUCUGAAAAUUGGGUAGUUGACGAGACAAAUGUUCGUCGAACAAAUUCUAACGAAUUUAGUACCGGACCUUCGUUCAGCCCGUCAUACCCGCGUCCCAGUAAUCAACCCAAGGGUGGUACCAAUGUUCCUCCUCACUCAUUCAUUGACAGAACUAGGGUGGAACAUGUCCAGAAACUUAAUGAAAUUCAGGAGAGAGUUCUUAGCAAUCAAACCAAGGUGAUGUUGGUGAAGUCUCCUUGGGAAGCGGCUUUAGAGACUGGUUCUGUGGACACUGCUUUCCUCGAGAUGCGACCCGCGGUUUCCCCAGUUGUCGAAACCGUCGUGGCUGCAGCAGAGAGAAAGCUGGCACAAACCACAAUAUUUGAGCCAGCAUCAUAUUCGCCACUCCCACCGAUUUCGGGGCAAGGAAUGUGCCUAACUGGACCUCAACAGCCCAUUAGGACGUGCCCCAUCACAGGCGCCGCAGAUCCGUAUAAAUUCCCCGUGCCUAAACCUUGGGGCCGAGAAGCACCCUCGCUCUCAGCCUCCUCAUUCGCUAGUAGUGCUACUAACCAACAGCUAUUAAUGCAAACCACCCAGAACUCCCAAAGUCAGCAAAUGUUUCAACAAGAACAAUUUGGACAGCAGCAGCAGCAGCAGCAAGAUGAGCAACAAUUCCCGUCCCACAUGCCCCCCAAAGUUGCCCAACCCCCACUCAACUUUCGUUCUGUGGAAGAACUCACACGGUCCAGCUCUCAAACCCAGGUCCAACAACAACAACAGCAAAAACAGCAAAGCUACACCGCUCAACAACAAAAAAUGCAUCAGCAACUUCAACAACAGAGAUCCGUCUCAGCUGCAGCGCCAAUGUCGCCCAAACCAAUUUUGAAACAAGCACCGGAAGUUCCGCCGAAGAAAAGUGUCCAUUUUGUUGAAUCAUCAAGUGCUGCUGCUGCGUCGUUAGCCGAGUUACAGCAACAAGGUGCCGUCAAUGUGGUCAUAGUCCCUUCAACGUUUGAGGAGAAAGUGAGGUUUUUCGAGUCCUGGGAAGAACAAUUGCUAUCACAGCAGAGCCAGAUCAGUCUGCGACCAAUUUAUAUUCAGGACCCGAACAAUCUUCAAGGUCAGGAGGGACAGGGACAUUUAUAUUACGAAGCGAUCGUCUCUCCCCCAGCCACAAUUGAUGCUUCUUCUGCUGCGUACAGUGAAAAAUACUUGGCUCAGCAGCAGAGAUUGGCAUAUGAACAGCAAAUGCAGCAGCAACAAUUGCAACAACAAGCUUAUCAGCAACAAUUAGCUCAACAACAGGCCUACCAAUUGGAACAAGAGCAGGCUUAUCAACGACAACUAGCGGAACAACAACAAUUAGCUCAGCAACAGCAACAAAUGGCUCUGCACACCAACUUGUCCGGAAAUGUAUUGGGAGGACAAGAUUUCGGAAAUUAUAACACGGCACCGAGGGGGUUCGGUCGAGGAACGCCAGUCUAUCAUCCAGUCAUGUUUUAUAAAAUCUCAUAAAUUAUGAAAAAAAACAUAUUUAUUAAUUUUAGCGUAAGAAAAAAACUAGGAUAACCUUCUCCUCUAUCUACAAUAAGCAUAAUAUUACAAUUAAUUUGUCCCAAAUCUCCUGAUAUCUUGUUAUUUGUAAUUCAACUCUACAGAAUAACUUAAAAAACUCUGCUACUGAAUACCUUAGCAUAUCAAGCUCAAAAAAGUUGUUACGAAUACGUCUCACGAAUUCGUCAACUUUGAAUUAAUUGGCAUUUAAAAAAUGAUAUUUAACUAAAUACGUAUGCAUCUUGUGGUUUCCAUAAUUUAAAUAUUUAAUUAUACGUAUGUACAUACUACCAUCAACCGUCGUUGUACUUUCCUCAACCACCAGAAAUAUUACACAACCAACUGCCAUAAAUUUACUUUUAUUAACCAUUUAAGAUUUAUGAAAUAGUAAAUAUAAUCCUGAUCAAUUCGUAGAAUUUUAGAAAAAGUCAGACAAAACGUACCUUCUUUAAUAUUCUGUAUGUAUUUAGAACCCAGGAACCAGAGAUGAAAUAUUAUGCAAUCAUUAGUUAGUGGAUCUUUACUUGAUUUGAUUGUGUCCAGUUUUCGAUUUCAUGAAAACAGUUCAACAAUUCAAAUUACUCAAUCCACAACCAAAUAUGCGUUAGUUUUAGGGAAAUAUUAAAUUGGGUUUUAAAUAUUUCUCUCCCUAACUAAAAAUUAUCUAUUUAAUUACAAUUAAUUGCCUUCUCACAAAGAAAAAAAUAUUCAAUAAUAUAUAAUUGGUUAAAUAAUAAUAAUAUGUACGUAUGAAUCUAGUCUUUAAGCAGAAAAUGAGUUUGUUUGGGAAAACGUCAUCAAAACUAAUGUAAGUUAUCAUGUGAAUACAACAAUAUACAUAUUUAAAGUCCUUAAUUAUGUAAGCCCGUAUUGGAUUUAUAGAGAUAAAUAAAUAAUAAAUUGCCAACGUAUGUAUUUAAGAU